AUGGACUCAGAUUUUGAAAUCAAAGAUUUUCACAAGGUCAAUAAAAAGCAUAUAAAUACAGAUUACCCUGCUAGCAUAUCACAUAAUGAGGACUAUGCAAACUAUUGCAUACAACAUUUUUUAGAAAAACCUAAUGAGGGAGAUUUCUAUUUACCAAAAUUAUUGGAAGAGAUAUCUAACUAUCCGAAUUUACAACAAAAUAUAGCAGAUAUUCUAAAUACACAAUCGGUUAAUCUCAGUUUAGUAGAAUUAGCUAAAUCACAACAAUUAUUUGCAUUAGACGAAGAUACAUUUUAUAAUCUCAUUCGAAUAUUACAGUUUGGAAAUAGAUAUGUGCCAAAAGAGACAAAAAAGUCAUUUAGAAUUAAUUUUGAACAAAUAUUCACAGCUACUUUACAAAACAUAGAAAAUAUGACAUUUGAAAACUGUUUACUUAUUUCUGAAAUACUAAAAAUAUGCAUCAAGUUCUCAAAACCAUUACCUGUUGAUAUUAUCGAAAAUAAUAUUUUUAAUUUCAUUGAAUCUUUUGAAGAUACUGAAAGUAAUCAAAAACUAAGAUAUAUACUGUUGAAUUCAGUUGCUGAAUUAGCAUUUAGGUCAAAUGAACCCAUUUUCCCAGGAAAAUUCCCAGUCAUCAUUGAUUUUGUAAUUGAAACAAUAACAAAGGAUUUAUUAUCUUGCUAUUCAUCUUGUAUUACAAUACACGCAUUCAUUUUUAAUUCAGCAGAACUUGUUCUAAAUUACAUUCAUAAUGAGCUUGGAUUCAGCUUUAUUAAUACAUUUUUAGGCGAAUUUGAUCUUUAUCACUAUAAUGUCUUACAAAUACUGCUUUCUCCAGCAAACAACCCAGAUUAUCAAAGAUUUUUAACAGCAAUUUCAAAAUGUAUCGAUUGGAGCUUAGUAUCAGAAUUAACAAAACUCGAAGACAAUUUGGACUUAUUUUUAGAUUUUAUUCAUAUUUAUGUGGCAAAUGAUAUAGAAAUCAUUCCGAAAUUAUUUAACUAUAAAAUAAUAGAUACAUUAUUACAAAUUGUCAGUGAUGAAGAUGCAAAAUAUAACAUAAGAGAAAAAUGUCUUUUUACAUUAACUUUUUGUUUAGAAAAUUAUUCAUUUGAUAACAUUAUACAUGUUUUACAAAACGGUUUGGCCUUUGCAAUCAACGAUAUUGGCAUAGGAACACAAGAAAGUGUAAUCAUCUCUCUUGUUUCGGCAUUUACAGCCAUAUUUCAACAAACAUUAGCACAUGACUUAAUAACAAUAUAUUCUGUUAACAAAUUACUGGAAGAUAAUUCGGUUUUUAAUGUAAUUGAUGAAAUUAUCGAACUAAGGAGUGAAAAAGAAGAAGUCCAAGUACUAUCGGAUCUUUAUGUAGAGUUUCGUGCCAAAUGUGAAUAA